AUGGCCGCCGACGACUCUGCCCGCGCCACGAGCCUCAAGCGCCUCAUCCAGCGCCGGCAUUGGCAGCGCUGGCGCAUCUACGAGAUCGGGACGCAGUCGGCGAGCGAAGAGCACCUCGAAGAGCUCCUCGCGGCGCCGGCGCCCAAGCUCGAAGCCAUCCGCCACUGGCUGCAGACCAAACUCAUUACCAUUCCGGAGCGGCGCCAUUUUCUCUUCCGGACCAGUUCCAGCGCCGACGAACUCGCGCGCAUCUCGGACCGCCUCGCGUCCUUGCCGCGGGACCCGCUGAUGCGCAAGGAAGUGUCGGAUGCGAUUGCGCUCAUGGCUGGCACGAAAGGCGAGGCCGCGCAGCCCGGCAUGGAGACCGUGCUCCUGUGGCUGCUCACGGCCAAGGCGGUGCCGUACACGAGCGGCAUGGCGCAGGCGCUCGCGCCCUUCUUCCUCCUCGAGCUCCCUCUGCAUACGAUCUACGACUGCUUUUACCGCUACUGUGCGCUCCAGCUGCCGCACUUGACGCACCCGAUCGAGCUCGAACAGCGCGAACACAUGCUCGACAACCUCCUCUUGUACCACGACCCGGCGCUCGCCGCGUUCCUCUUUCAGUGGGUGCCCGACUGGACGCACCGCAGCGUCCCACUCGACUUCUUCUACUCAAAUCUGUACCGCACCGUGCCACCGGCCUCGUUCCUGUACAUCCUCGACGCGUACCUCGUCCAUGGCGACAUGGAGUUUGGACUCUUUGUCGUCCUCGCGAUCGUCAUGCUGGCCCGCGAUACCCUCCUCGCACAGAAUGACGCCGACAACAUUCGCAGUCUUCUCAAGCCGCUCUACGCACUCGACGACGUGGGCGCGGCCAAGGCCACCGUGGUGCUGGCCACGCUUCUGAAGCGGCGGACGCCGUCGUCGUACACGACGAUGUGGCACGCCCGGCCGCACCCGACGUUCACGGCAGCGUCCGCGACCGCGCCGCCCGUCGACAUGAGCGUCUGGGAAAAGCAAGAGAGCAAGACGCUCACCGGUCGCUUUUACUGGGUGCACAAGAAGACGAAGCGGGCGCAGUGGGAACACCCGAGCGCAGCUCACGACCCGCCGCCGCCACUCAUGUGCCUCUCGAUCUCGACCAACGAGGUCGCGGCCGCGGCGUGCAUCCCGGGUGCGAAGACCGAUCUGUCGCUGCGGUACUUUAUCGUCGACUGCCGCGGCCGCCGGUCGUCCGAGGACAUGAAGAGCGGCGGCAUUCCGUCCGGGUACACGCUCGACCCAGCCGUGUUUGACUCGCCCGAGAUGAUGGAAUCGGCGCUCGCAACGCUGCUGCCGCUCCGAUCGAACGUCCAUCUCGUGCUGGUCGGCCACGGCGUCACGCUGCCCAUGGCGCUCAUUACGGACGACGAGACGGCGUCGCUGGUCCGCGAAGGCAUCCGCGAAGACGUGGCCAUCGUCAACCGCGCGGCGCUGUGGUUCCAAAAGCACGGCUUCCGCUUUGUAAGUUGCCUCGACGGCGGGUACGCGGCUUGGCACGCCUUUUUGCGCGACACGCCGCAGUGCACGAUGGAGGAGCUCGUGGGCCACGUCGUCAGCGAGUGCCGGUACUGCAAAGUGGACGCGCGGGCGGCGGCCGUGCGAGAGAAGAAGCAACCGGCGCGCCGCCGGUCGUCCAUCAAAAUGCCGACGCUGCCAGCGUCCAUGACGCGACUGUCGUUGACGUCGUCGUCGUCGGGCGGCAGCUCGCGCCUAUCGUUCAGCUCCAAGGACGUGAAAGGCAAACUCGGCUCGUUUGGCGCCAAAUUUCUGCGCAAACGCUCCAACUCAGCGUCCCGCCUCUCGUCCGACUCGCUCGACUUGGACGACUUUCUGGCCGACGACACGGCCACGGUGCACGACAGCGCAAGCGACGACGACGAGGAGAUUGAAAUUGCGCUCCCGACGCUCUCGGCGUGA